UCAUAGGUGUGUUUGGAACCACAGAGGCAGUGCUAGGAUGAUGGAGAGUGAGGCUGGACUGCUUGCACUGAAAGAAAUGUCUAGCCACGGCUUUUGUCAGCAAUGACUUAUCUCCAGGACACUUCUCCGAGUCUUAUGCAGAGAAGAUGGAUGCUGACAGAAUGAAGAGGAUGGAUAGGGCCAGGUUACCAGAGAGAAAAAGAAGGAGACUAUUUUUGAAGGAAGAGAGGUCAACCUCAAAGGGAGGAAAUGAAGCAAUUGAAGGAUUGGCUUAUCAAUCUGAAAUUGGACUGUCUGUGAAUGAAGAGGGUAUAGAAAAGAUUCCAGAUCCUGUGCCAAAGCCCAGCUUUUCCUCUUCUUCAAAUUUGAAAAACUGCUCAGCACCCAGUAUUGUUAUUAUAGAUCUGGAAACCACUGGCCUGAUUCAGCAUGGCAUUAUGCCCCACAUCACCCAGAUAGCUGCUGUGAACAGCAAUACAAAGGAGCAGUUCUCAAGAUAUGUGGCUCCAGAUCUGCCUAUUACACCAAUGGCUGAAAAGGUCACCAACAUAACCUGGAGUGGUGGAGUUCUUUGUUACCGUGGUGAGCCAGUUGAUUUUGUGAGAAUAAAGACUGCACUUGAGGAUUUUUUGGAGUGGUUGGAGAAAUUUCCCAGUGUAGUAAUAGUAGCACACAAUGGACGAACAUUCGAUUUCAGAGUAUUAUGCAGGGCAUUUUGUAGCUGUGGUUUGCAAGAGAGACUUUCCUCUAAAGUCUCAGCAUUUUGUGACUCACUUACUCUUUUCAGACAAAAAUACCCAAAACUUGAAAAGUAUAAGCAAGAAUUUCUAGCACAGCAUUUUUGUGGUCAUACUUACAAUGCCCAUAAUGCUCCUGAUGGUGUUGUCAUGCUAGAUGAAAUUAUACAAACUGGACUUGUCUCUGUUUCAGACUUUAAAAAAACAUUCUUACAAUACCGAAUGUCAAUUUCUUCAGGAAGAGUUUAAUUCUUGCAAAUCAAAAAACAUUGCUUCGCUUCGCCCUCUUAUUGGAGAAAAAAUUAUGAAAUCCUGCACAGUAGAAAAUAUUGCUGGAUCUGGGCUGAAUCUAGGACACCUGAGACUGAUAUUCAAGAGAAGUGGUGAGGAUGGACUGGUGGAUGUGUUUUCUAUGAAAAAUAGUUUAGGGAAACCAAGAGUUACAUCGGACAAAAAAGUGUUAGGAGAAUGUAUUCCAAAACUAUCUGCAUAUUUUAGCAAAUGAAUUUUAUUAAUCUGUGUUAUUUUAAUUUAUUGUUAGAAGUUUAUGUAUUUUUUUAAUAAAAGUACAUGAA